AUAAUACUGACCAAUGCCAUAAGAAGAUAAAAUGUUACCGGUGUGGUGAUGGACACCUCCAACUUCUGUGUCCAAAGCCAAAGGACAGCGGUGUCGCAAAUCAUCAACCCAAGCAACAACAAAAUAAGCAAGCAUAAGUGCAGACUUGUUUUGGACUGUGGCUCACAGAGAAGUUAUAUAACAGUACGGGCUGCUUCCAGACUACAGCUAUUACCAGAUAAUGAAGACCGACUCUUAGUGUUCACGUUUGGAGAAACCACUCCAAAGGAAAUGCCAAGCCCUUCAGUAGACAUAGUGCUAGAAACCAAACGUGGCACCCAGAAACAAGUAAGAGUAAAUAUCGUUCCACAUAUUACAGAGAAGUUACCAAUAGCUAGGUUUGAUCACUCAAUGGUUGAUCUAGCAGCCGAUGACGAUUCUAUUGGGGAAAAUGUGGAUCUCUUAAUAGGGAACGAUUAUUAUGAAGGCUUCAGACGUCAAGGGAAGAUACAACUUGAGGAAAAUUUGUAUUUGAUAGAUACAGACUUUGGCUGGUUGUACUCUGGAGAUGAUAACUGCAACCAUGCUGACAUCCCAGAAAAUACUUUAACUGUGACCACUUACUGCCACUGUCACAAUUCAAGCUGCCCUUAUUUCACCGAACCGGACUUACCCCUCAGAAAUAUUGACAUAAAAUUUCUAUGGUCUCUUGAGUGUAUUGGUAUAAAUGACUCUCCCAAGGCUACUAGACAGGAUGAGGCUGUAAAACACUUCAAUGAGACUAUACAAUACAACAAGGGCCGUUAUGAAGUAACGUGGCCAUGGAUUGAAUAUCCACCCCAGCUUCCUGUCAAUUUCGGCAUGGCGUUAGGGAGACUGAAGAGCUUGGUCAAUAGAUUGGAUUCGGCAACGCUACAAGAAUAUGAUGAUAUUCUGAAGGAGCAACUAGACGGAAAUAUCAUUGAAAUAGUUGAACCACACGGGAAUGACACCGAGCACCCUGUGCACUACCUUGCUCAUCACAUCGUAAAAAAUGAAGGAAAACGUGGAAGGAUUGUUUACGAUGCUUCAAUGAGAGGAAUGGGCAAGAAAAGCUUGAACGAAUGUCUAUACAGUGGGCCCUCUAUGCUUGAGGACCUCAUAGCCCUUCUUCUGAAGUUUAGGACAAAGAAAAUAGGAGUCGUGGCUGACGUAGAGAAAGCAUUCUUGCAGGUAGGACUUCAAGAGAAGGACCGUGAUGUGACAAGGUUUCUGUGGAUUAAAGAUAUCACGAAGGACCUAACGGAAGACAAUAUGUUAUAUCUUCGGUUUUGCCGAGUCCCAUUUGGCAUUAUUUCAAGUCCUUUUCUCCUGACAGCGACCAUUAGAUAUCACAUGUCACAGACAGAUGGAAGCUUACUGAAGGAUAUAGCAAACAACUGUUAUGUAGACAAUCUAGUAACUGGAGCAAACUCUGUGAAAGAAGCACAAGAAAUUUAUGAAAAAACGAGAGAAACCUUUGGGCAAAUAUCUAUGAACAUAAGAGAUUGGUUGUCAAAUAAUAAGGAAUUUCUUGACCUUAUACCUUCAGAGCAGCAAGCAAAACAUGAAAAUACAGUAAAAAUUCUUGGAUUGUCAUGGGAUGUGAAGAAGGACACGUUGAAAUUGAAAAUUACUGAUCAACACUUUGACAAAGAUGCUCCAGCCAAUACUAAGAGGAAAGUACUUCGUACGUUAGCCCGAAUCUAUGACCCGUGUGGAUUCAUUUGUCCGUUAACCCUACCAAUGAAGACUUUGUUUCGGAGCAUCUGUGAGCAAAAACAUAAAUGGGACACCAACCUACCAGAAGACCUGGUGCAGUCUACGCAAGAAAUAUUGGAUGAGAUAAAAAUGAAUUUACACCUAGAAUUGCCAAGAUGUGUGACAAAUGUUGAUCCAGGUUUAGAGACAACAUACAUGUUAAAUUGUUUUUCUGAUGCCUCAAAGGCGGGAUAUGCUGCUGUCAUUUAUCUGACAACAAAGAGUAACGAAGGCACAUCAGUCUCGUUCUUAAUGGGAAAGUCGAGGAUAGCCAAAGGUGAAGAUACAAGCGAACUUCAUAUACCGAAAUUAGAGCUACUGGGUUUACUCAUAGCAAGUAGACUCUUAAAAUAUGUAAGGGAGAACCUAUCUCUUCCAAUAAGCAAAGAAAUGUUGUGGACCGAUAGUUUAGUCGUACAUGGAUGGAUGCGGUCAGACAAACUGUUACCACCCUUUGUAUCAAACAGAGUUGAAGAGAUCAGAAAAAACCAAAUGCAAGCAGAGUUAUACUAUAUUAACACUAAGAUGAAUCCAGCUGAUGUUGCCACAAGACCUGACAGAUGGAGCCAAUCCAAAGAACUUUGGUUCAAUGGCCCCGAAUUUUUAAGACAGGAUGAAACAAUGUGGCCUACAAAUAGGUACUAUAUGAACCAUAUGACAGUCCUUUCUGUUGGGGAGGGCCUGGACCACAGUGAACACAGGAGCGUCCCAGAAACGAAUUGUGGUCCAGGGAAUGAACUAGAAACUGUUGAAGCGAAUGACAACCAGCAGAUGGAAGUUGAUGACCAAAUUGACCAGUCUGUGAGCAAUAAUACAUGUGAUGAUAUACCAGAGAUUGACUCAGUACAGGACACAUCUUCAUUGAACUCAGCAGAUAGUACUAUAGUAGAGAUAAAGAAACUACAAAAACUUCAUUUCGGCAGCGAGAUUGCAGGAAAGGUGACACAUCUGACUAGAAAUCUUGGGUUGUUUCUAGAUGUGGAUGGUGUACUGAGAUGCCAGGGACGAAUGGUAAACACUACAUGGAAUUAUGAUAUGAAACAUCCUAUAUUGCUUCCCAGAGAUAGCGAAUUUACAAAUAAGAUAAUCAAGGAAACGCAUGAAAAUAAUUACCAUGUUGGCACUACACAUACUCUUAGCCUCAUUAGAGAGAAGUACUGGAUACCACAAGGUAAACGUCAGGUGGAACGAGUGGUCUCAAGAUGUCAACGGUGCAUCAAACACGGCGGUGGUCCUUAUCGCUUGCCAACUGCGCCCGAUCUACCUACCGAAAGAGUGAACUAUAGCACACCAUUCACGUACUGCGGAGUAGAUUAUUUCGGACCGCUUUAUGUCAACACGCAAACUGGCAAGCAGAAGAGGUGGGUUGCCCUAUUCACUUGCUUGGCUGUUCGAGCCAUUCAUCUUGAGAUUGUUAACGACUUGACAGCAGAAGAAUGUCUCUUAGCACUUAGAAGAUUUGCUGCCACUAGAAACACUCCACAACGAUUGUAUUCAGACAAUGCCACAUGUUUCAAACUAACGUCGGAAGUCGUCAGUAAGCCGUACUGCAUUGAAAGAGGAAUUGAAUGGCGAUUUAUACCUCAGCUGGCUCCGUGGCAUGGUGGAUUUUACGAACGACUGAUAGGUGUAGUGAAGCAUUCUCUAAAGCGCACUCUCGAAAAGCACCUUCUUGGAGAUAGCAAGCUGUUAACAGUGCUAAAGGAGGUAGAAGCUGUAGUCAACUCAAGACCACUUACUAAAAUUGGAACCGAAGUGAUCCACAUAUUAAGACCAGCUGAUUUCCUAAGUCUGGGAAAAUGCUUAACCUUGACUCCGGCAACGAAUAGUGUCUGUACGGUGGACAGUUCAAAAAUUCAAGUUAACCUAAUAGAGAGCUGGAAAAGGGGCUUGAUAAUCCUAGAGGAAUUUAAGAAAAUAUUCAUGGCAGAGUACUUGACGAGUUUGAGGGAGAGAUACCAAAACUCUCCUAAACAACCAAGAAUUGUGUCUGAUUGCGAACCUAAACUGGGAGAUAUUGUUCAAAUAAAAUCGGAUCUAAGAAACCGCGAGUUGUGGAAAGUCGGAAAGAUAGCAGAGCUAAUAAGGAGUGCAGAUGGUAAACACAGGGUUGCUAAAGUUAAAGUAGGAGACUCUAUUAUGACUCGAUCUAUAGGUCAUCUCUACCCAUUGGAGACUGAAACAGAUGGCUCUCCGCGAACGGUAGCGACAGAGGAGGAACAAGCUGCAACACCUCUAGACACGCCGAUAGAGUAUUUGGAUCUGGAUGCUGUCCCAAGUGGAGGCGAUGGCAUACGGCCUCCCCAAACAAAUCCAAUACCUGAGAAUCAAGACGAGACAGUUGCUACUGAGGAAGUAAUGCCUAUACAAGAAUCUAUGAUGAACACUGAAGCAUCAAGAUCGGAGGAAGCCACUUGCAAUCCUGACGGUAUGCUACCGGAAACUAGGACUAGGAGAGACGCCGCUAUUCGUGCCAGAGCGAAAAUCUUGGAGUGGACACGUCAUCUGCUCACACUACUGCAAUAGGACUCCUUUUGGCUGUGGGAGUGUCGCGCACAGCGCGAUUCGCCAUGUAAAAGUCGGUAUGUAUCAACAUCAGUAAUGUCAAUCUAUAUUUUGAGCUGUGGUAACACCACUCUUGUUUUGACUAACUUCCGCUUGUUGGUAUGUGGGUAGAAAGAUGGCGAAAAGGUUGUGCCGCGGAAACGAGGAGAGAGAUGAGCAGAUUUCGUGAUCGUAA